UUUGAUUUUCGAAAUCUUUGAGCAGAGACAUGAAUACAUAAAUACACAUAUACUAUAUAUGAGCUACUUUGGGUGUGAUAUUAUUAUUAUUUUUUAUUUAUUUAUUAUUUUAUUGUUGUUUGUUUUUGGGGUUUUCUUUUCUUUCUCGCUCUCUCUUUCUCUCUUUUUUAUUUUGGUUAAAGAUGGCCUGGUCAUUCCUGACAUUGGAAUUUGCUCCUUAAAAUCCUCAUUGAUAAUAUUAAAAUAUGCAGGGUUAUUCAGUCUGUAUACAGAGUUAUCUACCGUGGGGUAACUCUUCUGUUGUUAAUCGUCAACUUCAAGCCAAUAUGGCGUACAGCAUGCUGAAAGUAAAAGUGGGAGUUAACUAGUUACCAAGCUGUUCUUGCAAGUUUAGACAUAAAAUGUAAGAGAGUGAGGGGUGAGGGGAGUUCCACUGUCACGCGAUGGAGGUGGAGGAGGAACACGUGCACACCUUGCUCAGUAUGGGCUUUCUAGAGUCCGAAAUAAGGCGGGCCCUGCGGAGGGCCAAGAACGACCUUAACGAAGCAGUCGCCUACCUGACGAAUGACCAGACGUUACCAAACGAUUGGGAGGAAGUGGAUAGAAUUGAUGACGUUGAAAUGAAAGACAUUCACCCUCGGUCAAGUCAGACAAUGUAUAGUCCUGACCCUCCUCCAAGUUAUGAUGAAGUUCAUGCAAUGGAUAAGACGGAUGAGAAUGGAGAGAAUGGUGGAACAGAAGAAGAAAACCCCUUAGAAUUUCCUGUUACUAAUUUGUAUGAACUCGAGGGACGUGUUUUUGCUGAACACUGGUCAAUUCCAUAUAAAAAGGAGGAAUCACUAGGGAAAUGUCUGAUUGCUGCUACAAGGCUAGCAGAGGCCAAUUUAACUGAGAGUGAUGAGCACUGCAGGAGGUUUCUGGAGAGAUGUAUGCCUGAAUCAUUUCAAAAGCUGAUGACAUCUGGUGCUGUUCAUAGGUGGAAUACAGAAAUACAAGAUGGAAUAUUUAGUAUGGCCGAGCUGUUUAUAGAUAUGUGUGUUGCUCGCCUUCAACAUCUACCAGUGCACCAUGAGAUCCUUAACAUUCUCACACUGGUGUUUAACAAAGAAAGUGAAUUUCAUUUUAAAAACCGUUCCAAGCGAGACCGUGCAUACUGGGAAGAUAAGCUGGAGGAUGGUCAAUUGUACACUGUCAACACCGGCUACAAGUCCUCUAUUGAUCCGUUUGGAUGGCUUACACAUGCUAUUAAUAGAUUUGCAUUUAAAGGCGGAUUUGAUAUAGUGAAAAAAUUACUAGAAAAUGAAGAAUUGGAUGCUCCAUCCAUGGCAGCUUUAUUGAGGCCUUUUGGAAUGUGUGCAGAGUUCCUCAAUCCUAAAAUAGUAACAGAAAUCCUAGCUCCAGGAAUGGAGAAGACAAUCAAAUACAUACAGAAUCUGGAGGAAAAAGACCUCAAGGAAAAGAAAAUUGGAAGUGUGUCUGAUCUUCUGGCCUCCAUGAAGUUGUUGUGUAUCCAGAUGUGGCCACAGCACACAGAAUCUCUUGAUGAACUUCGACUGGAAGUUGCUCUCAGAAUGUUGAAAUCUCCACAUUUUAAUGCUCGAAUGAAUGCAUUAAAGGAGGUGACAAAGCUUAUAGAAGAUGCCACAUCUAACAAGGUGUCAAAAACAGCCAUAGACUACAAAACUAUACUGCACUGGUUGGUGGAGAACAAAGUACUGUCUAUAGCUUUAGAAGGUAACAUAGACCAGGUCCAGUAUUGUGAGAAGGUGAAGGGUAUAGUGGAUUUCCUAGGAUCUGAAAUAACUACUGAAGAACUGGCUAUGAUCUGGAAAAUGCAGGUUGGCCAGACCAAUCACGUGAUAGACAAUAUUCACUCCAUCAUUGCUGCAGCUGCUGUUAAAUUUGACUCGGCACAGCUAGAACACUUGUUUUUGUUGAUUCAGAAGAAAUGGCAGGAUGACCAUAAUCGUAUGAAGGAGAAACUGCUUCGUCUGAUUGGUAAAAUAGGAAGAGAUGCCAAAGAACCUAAGACUACAACCAGGGUACUAGAGCUGUUGUGGGAUCUCUCUCAUUUGCCCACUCUGUCAAGACAGUUGAUUGAGUUGGCACUGGAGGAGCACCUGGCCAUCCUCAGUGACUCGUUCAGUGUGCGAGAACAAAUCAAGCGAAACUAUGUCAUAAAGUGUGUCGAAGACAUCAAAAAGGGUGCCUGUGUUUUACCUUCUCUGAAACAGCUGCUAAAUAUUUGUAAAAAUAUAAUGAAGCAAAAUAACCACAAGUCAGAAAAGGGUAUCUUACACGAACUGAACAAAAACCACGAUGUGAUAAAGCUGGUGACCCAGAGUCUGAUCAAACUGCACAAACAAGCCCUUGUUACUGUUGGUGAUGGACAAUUAGGACCAGACAGUAUUGUAGAUGCCAGAUAUCCACACUCAGAGUUUGUUUCAACACAUCUACAGUUUCUCCAAUACACACUACAGGAGGGGGCCCUCUAUCUUCCAUGGAGUCGAGCUCGGGACAUUUGGGGAACACUAAUUGCUAACUCUGAUGCUUGCCAAUGGGAUAGAGAAACCUGCUUUGAGUGGUUCAGUAAAGGUUUGCCUGACCUAGAGAUGGACACUCAAACUCAGCUGUUCCAGAAAGAGUUGUUGAAAUUGGAUCCUUCGAAACUCACAGAGAAAGGUUUUACCUGCUUUAAGAAUUUCUUUGAAAAUGUGAACAAGUAUGAACAUCGUCUGAAAACAGAUGGAAGCAGACUGAUAGUAGAGAAAAGUGAGCUGCUUGGUUUAGACUACAUAUGGGAGAUCUGCCUGAAUACUCCAGAUGAGUCCAUUGCAGACAAAGCCAUUCAGCUUCUUCUGUGUGUCAGUUACACAAAUCUUGCUGUCAGACUCAAAAAAGACACUGUGAGUCUACAUAAGAAAUUCAUAUCAGAAUGCUCCAAUAGACUAGAGGCAGCUAUGAUCGGGAUGGGGGGGACUGCUAUUGCCCAGGCCAUCACCUGGGCAACAAAAACUUUAACGGCAGCCAUUGUGAAAGAGGUAGCUAAUGUACCACCACCCUCAAGGUCCAUUAAGUUGAUGAAUAUUGAACGUCUGCUGUGGAUUGCUGAGGUGUAUGUCCUGAAUGUGGAGGAGAACCAUCAAACAAGCAGAACUAUUCUACCUCACGGCGCAUCCUUCCACGGGCUGCAGAUUAAUUUAAUGAUCACCUGCGAGUCGCCCAAGCAGGAGUUUAUUUUACUGUGCCAUGGUAAUGAGACAUUAAGCUCAGUCAGGGCUCGGAUUGCCAACAAACUCAAACAACCAUCGGACAAUGUGCAGAUUGUGGCUCAGGACAAGAUGUUGGAUACCCAUAAGGACCAGAAACUUCUACACCAGUUGGAGUUUGAGGACAAUCAGUUGAUACAAGCCCGUCUGACAGCAUCAACGAUGCAAUCUCUUGGGAAAGAGCCAAUGACACCAACAUCAAAGCAGAACUUUGACUUGGAGCAAGAGAAAAUGUUACCAGGAGUUGUCAUGGCAAUUGAAGGCCAAGUGUUUGAUAUGUUGUAUCAGCUGGCAGACUUAGAUGAGCCCAGGAUUACUCAUCGAGUGAGGAAGUUACUGAUGCUUAUACCAACAGACCCACAGAUCUCAGAAACUCUGGAAAGCAUUGGCAACAGAGGAUUGAAGCAAUGUGCCUCAGGUGAUGAUAUUAGCCCCAGGGCUAGUCCCAGAAAAUCUGCCUCAGCCUCUCCCCUCCCUAGCCCUCGUUUGGCCCCUAAGGAUGUUCUGAAGUCACUGUUUGAUGCCAGUGCCCAAGAUAUGUCAGCAUUCCGUGUUCUCUAUAAUUUGGAGGUUCUGAGCAGUAAACUGAUGCCUAUAAGUGUGGACUUGGCCACCAGGAUUAGUAGUCAGGCAUUCUGUGAUGACUUCCUGUCUGUGGGGGGUCUACAGUUGGUGGUGAAUGUUCUACAGGCAGAGUCCCUGGCCCCAGAGGUGAAUUACACAAUCAGACAGGGAUGUUACUCAAUAUGUCUGCAGCUUGCCCGCUUCCUGUUGUGUGGGCAGACAAUUUUUUUGGAAAUGGAUGAUAUUCAUGGAAGUAAGGAGGAAAUCAAAUCAGCAUCCAGUUCAUUGAUGGCAUCCUCCCCUCAUACAACAUCGUUUGUCAAGCAGUCUGCUGGAAGUCAUGCUGUACAGACCAUGGAUGUCCACACAUUCACAGAAACAGUUUCCUGUUUUCUGCGUGUCACAUGGGCAGCAGCUGCUGGAAGGCUCCACCUCAUUGGCACAUCUCAGGCGAUGAUUGACAGCUCCUCAGGUCACGGUAGAAGAAGCAGGCAGAGUAGUACAGGAAGUACUGCUAGUACAGGAAGUGAGAGUGAUGGACAGAGUCUUCAUGCUGGGGUGUGUGCCAAGGCCCAGGACAUCCCCACUAAAGAUUGUAACAUAGCCAAGGAGGCCUUGGAGAUUCUCAUCACGUGUCUACAAAUCCGAUGUGAACUCAUUGCAUCCUUUUAUUCCCUGCCUUGCUCCAGUGACUUUAUUAUUGAUAUUUUGGUGGGUUGUUCUAAUGCUGACAUAAGAAAUGCUGCCCUUGAGCAGUUCUUUCUGCUGAGUCAGACAGAGUGUACAGCACAGCGAACCCCUCACCACUUCAUGCUCCAGUUGUUGCUGAAGGCCUAUGUUCCAUUCUGGGUGUCAUCUGCUUCAGCUCGUGGAGUGAGCCAAAGAUUGCUCGGUCAAUGCAGUCAGUACUUUGAUCUACUUUGCAAACUUCUGGAAGGCCUUUCAAAGGAGGACCAGACAAAACUGCAGAUGAACCCCACAGCCAUGUUGGAAGAUGAGGUAGCUUGGUUGGGAAAUUUUGUUCCCUCUCUGCAUCCUGACAUGUCAGACACAGACAACAGUCUACUAGCUGGCCAUCUAAAGCUGAUCACCACACUGCUUACUUGUGAGGGGGUGGAUGAAGAGGAGCAUGGACGAACCUUGGUGUAUGAUAUCUUGCAUGACUUCCUCUUUCCUGCCUCCAAAGUGAUGAUGGACAGUAUGAACACCAGUAGUGAGGAGAAGCUUCAGGAAGUUAGUCCAAAGUGCAGCAAUUGUGAAUCUCGUGUGGCAGCUUACAGGCUAUUGAUUGAAUUGGCCAAGGGAAGCUACUCUAUGUUGAGCGAUAUCUGUAAACAGCUGAUUGAAAUGCACCAUCUUCCCCAGCCAGACUGUGCCAAUGAGUGGGAGUACUUGCCGCCUGUUGAUGGACGGGCCCGAUGUGGAUUUGUUGGGCUGAAGAAUGGUGGUGCCACAUGUUACAUGAACUCGGUCAUCCAACAGUUGUACAUGGUGCCAGGAAUUCCAGAGGUUGUGUUGGGGGUGGAGGAGGACAAAGCAGAUGAAGAAAGUGUGUUUUUCCAAAUUCAGCAAGUGUUGGGUCAUUUACUUGAAAGUAAGCUACAAUACCAUGAACCUGAGAAAUUCUGGAAGGUGUUUAAGCUCUGGGGCCAGACCGUGAACAUCAGAGAACAGCAGGAUGCUUUUGAUUUUUUUCAAGCUUUGAUUGAUCAAAUAGAUGAACAUCUUAAGAAAAAUAGCAAACAAGAAAUCUUCAAAAGAAAGUUUCAAGGAAUUUUCUCUGAUCAGAAAAUUUGCAAAGAUUGCCCUCACAGGUAUGAGAGAGAAGAAGCUUUCUUGGCCCUGAAUCUGACGGUGAAGAAUGCCACGCUACAGGACUCACUAGAUCAGUUUGUUAAGGGGGAGCUACUGGAGGGGGAUAAUGCUUACUUCUGUGAUAAAUGUGGAGAGAAGAGAAACACAAUGAAACGGAUGUGCAUUAAGACACUUCCCCCAUUGCUGUGUAUCCAGCUGAAGAGAUUCGGCUAUGAUUGGGAAGCAAAUCGAGCUCUCAAGUUUGAUGACUAUUUCAAGUUUCCAUGGAUAUUGGACAUGGAGCCCUACACCACCGAUGGAAUGGCCCGUCGUGAGGAAGUUUUGGAGACGGUAGAUAGCAGUUCAGAGUCAGAUUCUGGGGAGUCCUCGAUAACUGAAGAAAAGGCCCUGGAGAUUGUGACAACAGGGAGCAAUGUAGAACACAGGCAGAUUAACUACGAACUGGUGGGAGUGGUGGUCCACAGUGGACAGGCUAAUGCUGGACACUACUAUUCCUUCAUCAAGGACCGCAGAGGUGACAUGAUGUCCAAUCUGCAGAGAGGGAAGUGGUUUAAAUUUAAUGACACUGUGGUUGAAGAAUUUGAGAUGACAGAAGACAGCAUAGAGGCAGAGUGUUUUGGUGGGACCUACAAAGCCAAAAUUAUUGAACCAACAACCACAUUACCAGAUGAGCGAGUGAGGUACUGGAAUGGCUACAUGUUGUUUUAUGAAAAGUUAGAAGAACCAGCCAAAACUCCUGUCUCUGCCAAAAAGACAAAAAUUCAAACCAGGAAAACUGUAUUGGAGGGAGGAAAGGGGGGUUUGGAUUCUGACAGCUUCAUGGAGUUGACAGAGUUGGUGCAUAAGGGUGAGAAGAAAGGAAUUUUUAUGGAGGAUAUGCCAGCCAGCAUUCAUCAGAUCAUUCAAGCAGAGAACCUGACCUUUGUCAAAAACAGAGAUGUCUACAACACGGACUACUUUCGAUUCAUUAGGGAUCUUGUGGCUGUCAAUCUGAAUAAAGAGAGCCAUAAGAAUUUUCAACAGAUGUCUGUAAAAUCUCUACAACUGGGUAUCCGUUACCUGUUCAAUACCUUCUUUAGAUGUAAAAAGAAAACAAAAACUCUCCUGGAUGAGUGGGUGGAAACAAUUGAUACUAUUCUGGACAAGAGUAAAGAAGCCUGCGGAUGGUUGGUGGAGUAUCUCAGCAGUGCAGAGGGGUCAUCCUAUAUCAAACCCUUCCUCUUGGAGUGCCCCUGUAGAGAUGUAAGGUUCACCAUGGCCAGACUACUGGAGAGGGUCAUGUCUUCCCACUUCAAACAUGGAGGAGUGCCAACACAGAAGUGUUUUAACGAGAUUGUGGAGUUCCUCCUACAAAUGCUAAACAAAGAUGUUGUGGAUCACUGUAAACACUCCUUCCAUUACUUCCAAGUCAUCAAGUCUUACGUCCAUUUAGGAACAAAGUCGUGCAGCCAUAUGUUUUUACGCCACGGCUUUCAGCGACUGAUAGGAUUUUUAAUAGGAAAUUCUGGAGAGAUGAAUCAGGGGCAAGAUACACCGACCAGAAGAUGGAGUUCUAUUCAGUCACGAGAGUUUGGCAAUCUCCACUCCUCUCUAGCAAUACUCAUCUUGAAUUGUGAUGUAUCAAAGUACAGAACAGAAGAGCCCGGUGAAUAUGAAAUACGCAAACCUAAAACAGUUUUCUCAACAAAGUUUCUCCUAAUGCCACAAGACAUGGAGAAUUAUGUGUUUGGACAAGAAUCUUCUCGAUACAUCCGUGAGGUAGUUCAUGCUAUAAGAGAGGUGGGGACCAGUUUAAUCAUCUGUGACAUGCUGGUGUAUUGUAGCUUCUGUAACUACCAGUUUAGUGAGAUAGUCCUUAAGCAGCUAAUGCAACAGUACAUGACAGCUCCUUCAAACGAACUCAAAGCAGUGUUCUCCUUGCUUACUGAACUGCUGAUGUUAGAGGAUCCCGUUCAGGUCCAGCGCAUCAAGCUGGUCAUUGACGGAGUGACAGACAGCUCGGGUUCAUUGUUUGAUGGACUUCUUGCUACUGUGAGACAUAACCAUGCCACAGACAGCAGAAGAUCAUAUACCUGUAUCAAGUUCCUGGUCAGUCUUGCAAGCAAGAGUGCUCCUGUUAAAGAUUACCUGAUGCAAAUACCAUCAAAGUGGCAGUGGGCAGUCAACUGGCUUAAGAAAAAGAUGUCUGAGUACUACUGGACACCCUCCUCCACAUCAGCUUCCUGUAUAUCUAAUGAGGAUUCAAACCGAAAGUCGUUCCAGAGAACUUACAGUGCACAGUCUACACUGGAGGAAGCUAAAGCCUUGCUAACAGAACUGGAAUCCCAGGAAGGUAGCCCAGAAAUGGACACAAAUGAGGAAGACACUGAAAACAAUUCACAGUCUAAAGAUGAAGUAGAUGACUCUGCUAGGAAAAAGACCUGAUAUUCUGUGAAGCAUUCAAAAUGAUCAUUGAACAGUUUUACAAGAGCUGGUCUAAUUAAGGGAACUGGAACAGCGCUCUGUUCCUCUAGUGAUUGUGGACCGAGAAAUUGUUUACCUAAGAAUUGGAGACCUUUUCAUCUUUUUCUUUAUAUGAAGAAUGAGACAGUUUUACUGCCAUUAUCCACCCUCUACUUAGUCAGUUGUGUUAUUAGUGUAACCAGAUACAGGUGUUUAGAAGAAUGCUAGUUUUUUUUUUAUUUACAUAGGACAGCAUAUGCACAAAUAUUGAUCAAGCAUUAUAUAUUAUAUACUGUAACAAUGUCUUACAAGUCGAAGGUAUGAGUGAUAAAUAUUGUAUAUUUAUAUACAUUUUCCCCCCAUUUUGAAUGCAUUAUUCAAUUAAAAGAACUUCCUGGUAAUAUUUAGAUAUCUUGUAUACAAUUAAAACACUUCUUAGGAAUAAAAUUUCUAUUUCUAUUUAUUUUAUUAACAGAUUUCCAGAUGGGGAAAAAUAAGGUCAAUGGAGAAUCUGGGAACUUGUCUGUCAUUUCAUUUCAAAUAUUAAUAGAUUUAUUAUUUUUGGUGUACAAAAGAAAUAUUAUGUGACAUGGCUCUUGAAGAAGUGGGUCACUAGCUCAGGGCAUUUGUUGUAUAUACCCAAUACAAGUGAGGUUUGUUUUUCAUUAGAAAAAUGUAAACCAUCACAUUCAGAUAACCCUGAAAUCUCACUAUGCAAGAAUGACUUCUCUGUUAAUUGUGGGUGAAUCCAUUAUAGUUUUAACUAGAUGUACUGAAAUAUUUGUAAAUGAAAUUGAGUUAGUAAAUUAUGAUCCAUAAUGGUGAGUCUACUUUUGUGUUGAUUAUAAUUCAAAAUCCCAACAACAUUUAGGAAAGAAUAAGAUCUCAAGAAUUUAUACUCAUCUGCUUCAGAUUUUAGAAUGAUAUGUAAAUUUGAAAUUGAUUACACUAAAUAUACAUGUAAUAUACAUGCUUUUAGUGCAAUGUCAAAUACAGAUUCUUAGGGAACCUGUGAUGUUUCACGGCAUUAUCAGGAUGGACAUUCUCCUUCACACAAUGACAUGGAUUGCAAUUUUCAAUGCAUACUUUUAAUAAUGUAAAAGUACAUGUAUUCCCAAACUGUUUGCACUAAAAAAAAAUUUGCGUAUGAUUAAAACUGAACUGUACAAAGUGGACAUAACCAGGUAGUUUGUGUGCAGGAAGUGCUAAUUCACCUAAUAUUAAUUUUGUAAAUAAAAUUGUUGUACAUCAGGAAUUAGGAUGUAUAUAUUACUUUGUAUAUAUUUAUUGUACAUAAAUGCGAAAUUCAUAUAAAAUACAUGAUGCAUCAA